AACUCCUCAUCUCAUGCUUAUCUUCCCAAACCCCUCUCACAACUCCUCAUCUCAUGCCUAUCUUCCUGAACCCCUCUCACACCCUCUCCUUCCAACUCCUCCUCUCACGUCCUCUCCAUCCAACUCCUCUCCAGCAAACCCCUUUUCGGCGAACUCCUCUCUGCGAACCUCCUCUCCUCUGAAUUCCUUCACCUCUUCGUCAAAUAGCAAAUGCCCUAAUCACUCCGCUCUUGGAUCGUCGCCCUCUGCACUUGGCCUCCUCUUUGGAAGAUCGAUAUUUGUAGCUCGGUCUUUGUCUUGCUCUAGUUUGUCGGAGCAAAUUGUUAUUGACGACCUGGGGGGAUUUGUUUAAGCCGAUUCAUCCUCGUUUCAUCUUUUUUUUUUGUUAGGGUUUGCCAAGGUGGAAAGCGGUACGGAGGAUGGAGAAUCGCAGAGCGUAUGAAAGGAACAGGAAACGGGUCGUCUCUUUGCUUCCUCGUCGCUCGCUCUGCCACCACGUGAGGCGAGCAAGGAGCGAUAUGUGGCAAUGGCAGCAAGAAGAAGAAUGUUUCCUGCCAACAUAUUCCCAAUUUGCUUUACCUCUGUGGGAUGAUACGAUGGGAAAUCAAACUCCACUUCGAGGAUUUGGUGAUUUCAACUUAGACGAAUUGGAUUUUGGAGAUGAGGUCGAGAAGGGCGUGGAGGAAGCAAACGAGGCAUCAAGAGUGAAAAGGCGUCGUGUUCUAAAUUUUUUUUCUGAUGAUGAUGGAGCCACAAUCGUCAAUGAGCAUUUGUCCUCUGAAGUUCGGGAGAACUCAACAUCAGCAAAAAUAUGCACACAAAAUUUAUAGUUGAAUCUCACGUAUUCAGAUGAUAGAUUUCUUUUCAGUAAUGAAGUCUUGGAUCCAUCCUCAGAUGAAUGGAUGGAGAACUAUUUCAAUGAUAGUGAGAUGUAUUGCAACUCUAAAUACACAUCUUUUCCUUUCCCUGCUUCAUGGUUGAAUUUACAUAGUUGUUAUAUUCUGUUGAUAAUCUAGUGUUGACGUGAUGUGAUUAGAUGCUCAGUCAGUAACCUGUUUCUUGCGUUUUAAGUGUACCAAUGGGAUGGACUUGUUUAGUAUAUAUUGCAAGUUUAAGGACUCAAUUGAAACAAAAAAUAUAGCAACCUGUUUGAGUUUUAGACGAUAAGUGAAGGGCCAUCCUUUCUUUGCACUCUAGAAUUAAAGCCAUAUUUUAUAUGUAUAGUUUAGUACACCGGAAAACUACAUUUGCUACUGGAAAAUUUCAAGUCAAAUUGUGUUUGAUAAAGCUACAAGUUCUGCAGACCAAAGAAAUCAGAACAUAUGCUGAUUUCGACUUUAGUUCAUGUGUAAGAACUCAAAUGAAAUAUAUGCUGUUCUUUUUGCACUGUAUCUCUAAUUAUGUAUUUAGGUCUCACAGUGGUUUCCCUAGCAUCUCCAAUUAUGCUAUUUCGUUUGCUCUAUUCCCCGUUAUUUUAUGCUUAAUUCUUUUUCUCUUAAAAAUUAUUGUAUGGUGUGAAUUGUGACCUUUAUUUUCAGUUAUUACCACCGAAAAUUUCUUUUUCAUAAUACUGAUGGUAUUGUUUUCUGUGACAGAUACACAGUGGUAGGUGUUUUGUCCCAGUCUCAAGCCGUCAAUCCAUUUUGAUCAAUAUAUCUAGUAGAAGUAAGCAUGCAGAUCAUUGUCUUUGAGGCCGGCUAGCUAUUUUGUGCUUUUUUUUGUUUUAAAUUUGAAUGUCACUAACUACUUUGAAAUAGAAAUAUUUAGUCUUUGUGUAUAGUUGAAUUUUCCUGUAAAUACUAAUACUUUGUAGUUGAAUUCUAUUGUUUGGUA